ACGGAGUUAAUGCAUACUCUCGACGAGGCGCUCUUCGCGAACAUCGACGUCACGAUCGGCAGCUUCUCCUGGAUCCCGGCCUUCCUGGCCGACGACUCCGCCAUCCAGGAGCAACUCCGCAGGGAGAUCAUGGACGUACGGUCGGACGACUCCGCAGGAGCGUGGGAGCGGUACAUCGCCAGCCACUCCACGCUGCUGGCGAGCUGCAUCAACGAGUCGGCGCGACUGCGGCCGGUGACGAAUUACACGUACGCCCAGUCGAUCCCAACAGCGCGCGACGUCGGGGGAUACCGCAUCCCCCGGGGCAGCUACAUGGUGGUCGAUACCAAUGCCCUGAACAUCCGCGAUGAGUCCUGGGGCCCGGACCCGACGAGCUUCCGGCCGCGACGGUUCCUGGCCGAAUCCCGCGCGCAUUUCCGCUACCGGUUCUGGCGCUUUGGCUUCGGGCCGCGCCAGUGUAUCGCCCAGGCGUUGGCGGAUACGAUCCUCAAGGUGUUGGUGGCGUACACGGUGGAGCAUUAUCGCCUCCGGUCGCCGGAGAAGUCCCCCGCCGACACGGACGGCCGGGAGGCUCGGAAACGUGGGGAUGCAUGGUUCAAGGUUGCUGAGCAAGCGAUCAUCUUGGAGGCUCUGUAAUCUCUUUCGAGAAUGUGUCUGUGUCAUCGAGUUGAGGACCGCAGUUAUGACUAUUUCGUUCCAUCUUAGUCGGUGGUUUUGUCUAGAGUCGGAGAGGGGGGGCUUCGUUCGGAAUGAAAGCUCCUAUUCUCAACUCAGUUUAGCCUGGUGAUUUUGGGAUUGACGAAAAAAGGAGGUGCUGAAGCGUGUAUCUUCCCGUAUCUCCGAAGUAGGGUCACAAAGGAAACGAGGAGAGAAAUGAUAAGAUUCGC